AAAUUAAGUGCAUCGAGUGUCUUCUGCUUGUCCUGAACCAGCGACUUCCAAUCCUCUUCCCCUAGCAUCAGUACAACACAAAGCUGCAGGACAGAGCCUUUAUGAAAUUUAACGUCAUUCACAGCUGACUGAAAGCUAUAAGUUAGAACAACCUAAACGUGCAGAAUUUGGCUCGUGCUAAUGUACGAGAACGCUCACGAGUGCCUUUGCGGUCCUGCUUUUUCGAUGUAGAAUAAAAAUACUCAUCAACGCUGCGAAUUCUGCGUUCACCUUCAUUCCAUUCACGAGUAAGAAAAUACUCCAUCGUGGGGGCGGAGUGAAGACGCAUCGGGGGCGUGUCUAUAAAACGGCCAAUAGGAGGCCCAUGUAAACACAAACAAGCACAUGGGUUUUGCCUUAAACAAUUUAUUAUAUUUUUUUAUGAUUUUUUUUUUUUUUUAAACAUAUUUUCCAGGUUAUUCGUACAGGUAAUAAAUAUAAAGAACGGUCUUCUGCACCUUUACUAGUUUUUAUUUAUAGUUAUAUCAUUUAGAACUGAUGGAAUGUAGGCGUCAUUUAGGGUGCGAAAAUGUGCAAGUUCCUGAGUCUGUUCACGUACACGGCAGUGCUGACAUGACGACUUCGGGAGUUUCUCGCAUCGCGAUGAAAAGACUUGUUCAGACGGGAUAAAACUCAAGCUAGGGUCAUUCCAGUUGCAUUAAUGUCAGAGAUGAUGACAUUUAGAUGGAAACUUGCAAGCUUUUCCAUGCAACCUGCCACACCUCUUCCUUUAUCAGCGUGUAGCAGCGGUAGCACGGCGGUUAGAGGUCUGUGCCAGUGGAAGGUCGAGAGGUCGGGAAGAUCAAAUCCUGUCCUGUCUCUUUAGAAGUCUGUGUACUACGCUGAACUUUUUUCCUACGUGAAGAAUGUAGGUGUGCAGUGUACUUCAGUAAUGACCGUAGAUGUAGUGCAAAGUUUCCAGAGAGGCCAGAUGCGCGGCAAUAGAAGGCAAUAAAACUCCUUUAUUAUCGUUUUAUUGUUGACGUGUACAUAGCGUUUCACACACGAGGCCACAUUAAAGUAUCCCAGAAGCCACUGUUGGGUUUUUGAGAGAACUCUUAACUGUGCAGCCGAUGCUCGGUUUGGAUUCCUUCGUAUUGUAAAAUGAAUAAAUAAACGUAUGUCCUUCUUGCGUUUUUCUUUUUCUUUUUUUUUUUCCUCCUCAGCUGAAUGAAGACUUUUGUCCUUAAACUGGCAACCGGUUCAGAAUAAAAAAAAAACCACCAACCUCUCGUGCAAACCUUGUUUAAAGUCCACACGAGUGUUCACCAUCCCAUAUACAAUUUAUAUUAAAAACCGAAAAUAAACUCACUGGCGUUUGGUGUGGGGGUUUUUUUAAAAAUGGGGAACACAAACAUUUAAAUUGUAAUCCUGCUUAUGCUACAUCACUGCUAAGAAAUAAAUCCAGUUGUCCUAUUUUUAGCCAAAACCUCCUUGUCGUGAGUUACAGCGUCUACAGCCGCAGAUCCGUGUACUGGCAAAGGUCAAAACACUACACUGUUGAAGACUCUGAAAGUCAACGUUGCGAAAUUAAUUUCCUUGCCUAAAUGCUUAGACAGAUCCAGCAUGCAUUGCAUAUUCAUUAUACAGCGACUAGACAAGCAGCGACUUGAAACCUCUCGUGUUUGUUUUAACAUAAAUUGGCCAUGAGAUGGUGCCAGUGACAGCUUGGGUUGACUUUGCAUGCGAUUUUUGGAAUUAUGUAACCAGGCUCCUUGAGGCUCGAGCAGGUUAGUACUGAACCAGGUGCCGCUCCAAGGACCACACUGUUCAUUCAGUUGAGGAGAAGAAGCGGCAAAGUCAAGAAGGACAGACUGAUAAAACAGGAGGUGUGGCAGGUUGUGUGGAAGGCUUUGUGAAUUUCCCAGUAAUUGUCAUCAUCCUCGAUAGCUAAAAUUCAUCAUAUCUGACACGCACAUUUCUGCUCCACCCAAAUGUCCUUCAGUGUUUGGAAACACGAGCUGGAUUGGUUCUGCGUUCUGAAAUGAUCGAGAAUGGACCAGUUCAAGCAAACGCCCCCGUGUUCUUCGUUUCCUAACUUUUUGUUCAUUUAAAACAAAUGCUUUUAAAGAAGCGAUUCACAUAAUUGAUAUCUUUCUGGAGAAAUUAUGCAGUAGGGAUUAAAUUAGUUUUUUGUUUUUUUUUGUUGAACAUCAAACAAUAGGCACUAGGACCCAGAGGCCCAUGAGUGAGGGCAAAGUAAAGCUGGCAGGAGCAAAAGAAUGAGCCCAAAUGUAGGACUGGCAGGAGAAAGAGAGCCGGGAAUGCUCGGACAGGCGGAUAGGAUGAGGGUAAGACGAGGGUGAGACGAGGGAGAGAUGAGGGAUCAGGGUGGAUGAGGAGAGACAAAGUGACAGAUCGAGAUUCACAAGCAGAUAAGGAGCAACAGAAGGAGGAGUGAAGGGACGAAAGGAGGGGAGGGGCCUGAGCUGCCCAGGAGCUUAAAAACAGCAGAGCGCGAAAGGGAACCUUCAUAACACGUAGUGAACGUGGAGUAAACUCGAAGCGCUCGUCUGGGGGAAUAAAUCAGCAUCGCUCGAGGGCCUAUGGAGCGGAAAGGAACCGAGGAAGCAAAGCAACAGAGGGACUGUAAGUACUUUUUCUUCAUGAGAAGCAUCAAUCCUUUGAGGAACUGAGGAUCCAUCUUCACAUCAGCUAUAUCCAUUUGAGAAACCCCGUUCUGGAAAACACUCCGAGAAGCUCAAAGAUCACUCUUCACCUUCCCGGGAGUGGGAUGGGACCUGAACACUGAGGAUCCGUGAGAAAUCACUGCCCUCUCACCCCGCACCAUGUUGCCCUGGCAUGGGCCGAAAGGGCCGCUCCUGCCCCUGGUCCUGAGCCUCCUACUCACCACCUGCACUGGACAGGACAGCCUAGAGGAUCUAGAGCUUGACGAUGAGAGCAAUUCCGUGAGCACAGAGAGUCCUGAGACCGUGUCUUCAGACAUGGACAUAGUUGACCCUCACAGGACCUGGAUAGCUUUCAGGGAUAACUCAAAUAAGGGUGGAAACAAGAAGCCCAAACAAAAUAAAAGAAUCUCGAAGCAUGGCCUGCCUGGUCCUCCAGGCCCUCCCGGACCCCAGGGGCCUCCUGGUCCUCCUGGCCCGAUGUUGCCCAACCAGGACGAGAUAUUGGAAGACCUCCAGCUAAAGCUGAAAGAGAUGGUGGGCAGUCAGUGUGUACUCUGUGAACAGCCCCCCCGCGUGGCCACAGCCUUCCACAGCCACCUGCACCACAAUCUGCUGGUCCAGAGACGGAGCCUGCAGGAGCUCCAACCUUUCAGCAGCCCUUCAGACACGGAGCAGUUUCACCAGAGAGGCCAGGGCUUCAACGCCAGCAGCGGCCGCUACACCGCGCCGGUGUCGGGGUUCUACCAGCUCAUGGCCAGCCUGGUGCUGGAAUCCAGUGAGACUCAGAAAAGGACCCAGGGGCGACAAAAGGACAGCGUCAAGGCCUCGAUAUGUAUCGAGUCUCUGUGUCAGAGCAACAUGUCUCUGGAGACGGUAACAGGCGUGAGUCCUGCAGGAGGAGUGUUUAGCAUUCUGCUGACAGGAACCUUAUACCUGCAGGUUGGAGAGUACGUGUCUAUUCUAAUUGACAACGGAACAGGAUCAGCACUAACCGUCCUCCAAGACAGCUUAUUUUCUGGCAUCCUUCUUGGAGUAUAAGACCACAAAGACAACACACACACACUCACCAGUCACUUUAAUAGGAACAGCUGCUCAUUUAUGCCGUUGUCUAAUCAGCCAAUCAAGCAGCUGCAGGUCAAGAGUGUCGGUUAAUGUUCUCAGCAGAAUGGGGGAAAAGUGUCACCCCUGUGACUUUAACCGUGACAUGGUUGGUUGAGUAUUUCUCACACACACACACGUCUCUCGAGUUUACACAGAACGGUGCGGAAAAACAUCCCGUGAGCAGAGGGUCCGCAGGCUGAAACGCCUUGUCCGUGAGCGAUCAGAAGGGAAUGAGCAGACAGGAAGUCUAUAAUCACUCGCUCUUUACAACCAUGGUGAGCAGAAAAACAUCUCAGAACGCACAACAUAAUGAACCAUGCGGUGCAUGGGCUACAACAGCAGAAAGUCACAUCAGCUAUCAUGCACACAGACUCACCCAAACUGGGAAAAAGUCCAGGUGAUAUCCCCUCCCCUUUAAUCUUCAGCUGUCCAGUUGGGGUGAGUCCGUACCCAUGAUGGCCUCAGAUUCCCGCUCUUGGCUGACAGGAGUGGAAUGCAGUGUGGUCUUCUGCUGUUGUAGCCCAUCCUCCUAAAGGCUUGGAGUUUUGUGCGUACCGAGAUACUUUUCUGCUCACCACAGUUGUAAAGAGUGAUUAUAUGAGUUACUGUAUCCUUCCUCGGCCCAAUGUUUUUAGCACCAUUUUGUGUAAACUCUAGCGACCCCAGAUGCUCAGCAGUUUCUGAAAUAAAUCAAUCAAAAAAACAACACAGCUCAGACUUUUUCCUCAUCCUGAUGUGAACGUUACCUAUAGCUCUUGACGUGUAUCUGCAUGAUUUGAUGCACUGUGCUGCUGCCACAUGAUUGGCUGAUUGGAUAAGUACAUUAAUGAGCCGGUGUUCCUAAUAAUGUAGACGGUGAGUAGACAGACACCGACAACUGCAGGUUGACAUUCAGAGAGAGAGGGGGGCCAGUUUUUUCUCUCGGUACAUAUUUCUUCGCUUGUAAUUCAGGAAUCAUAUCAGCAGUAAUAAUUAUGGCGUUUCCCCAAAUAUCUACGCUUUAGCAUCUAAAACAUUUCCACCUCGACAGCGGGAUAAUCACACAACUCCGACACAUUUAAUCGUCUGUCCAGAGAGAUGUACGUAUUUUUCCAUGUGCUGUGUUUGUAAGCUCACAGCUGUCCACUGAACAAGAUAAAAGAAAUUAUAUACGUAUUUAUUUUGCAUUUUUGAACAAGUGUGAAUGUUAAUAAAAACCUCGCUGAACCAGAGCCUGACGUGUCUUCGUUUACAGGAGUAACGACAAACGUUUCAGAUUUAAGCACAUCAAGAGUUGAACGCUAGAUGUUUUUGGUUGAACUGAAAGAAACGGGGCUAAAGAAUCAGACGGUCUGAGCGGGGAUUAGAUCCUAAGUGACCAGAUCGUACAGGUACAGUGUGAUUGUGACUCACCUAGUCUGGGAACACUGGGCAUGAGGCAGGAAUACACACUGGCUGGGAUGCAAGGCCCAUUCAUCUACUGGCAUGUUUUUGGGGAACUGGAGAACCCGGAGGAACCCCCACGCAGACACCAGGAGAAGAUGCGAAACGCCACACAAACAGAACCCUGGAGCCGUGUGGAAAGAGAGAGACACAAUCUGUUCAUGCUUUUUCACCAGACAGUGUAGUUCUUGUUUUUCAAACAGUCAUCCUGUACGUGUAAAUGUAAUUUAGACACAGAGCAGAGGCUCUUAGUGUUUCAAAAAUGCAUCACAUCUCUUUCAG